AUGAUGCAUUUUUGCAAUUUGCAGAGUGAGAUGAUUCAAGAAUCCAACAUUUCAAAAUUUAAAUUUGAAGUUCAAAGUUCUGAGGUUAGAAGAUUAAAAGCACAAGGUGUACAAUCAAAGCACGGUGAGGCGGUAACAACAACUAUUACUAAAGUUCUAAAUGAUAACUUGGAAAGUUGUGGCUCAAGCUUUGUCUCAAAAGUGAAGAUGCAUAAAAUUGAAAUCAUUCAAGAAUCCAACAUUUCAAAUUUUAAAUUUGAAGUUGAAAGUCCUCAAGAGAACCAUUUUUCUUUGCUUCAGCAUGAAACAGAAAAACUCCGAAGUGAUAUAGAAAAAAUGGGCAGUGUGCUAAGAUAUGAAAUUGACAAGAUGGGCAGUGAGCUAAGGGCUCAGUUUGAACAGCCAAAUACGACGUGAUCAAUUACUGCAU